AUUCGACCUGCCCAAGUGUUCGAAUGAGCAGACAGUGCAGUUGAAGGCGAAGGCUUGUCUGUUCCUGGUGCAUCGCGCUAUGGAUGGAGCAACAACUGAUGGAGAAUCAAAGCCCAAAGCGGUCAAAGCACCUCGUGCGAUUGGAGACCAUUAUGUAUGGCCGGAAUUUGAGAAAGAACUAUACUCUAUUUGUCCACAAAGAAAAUGUACUCUUCAAAGUAAUGGACAAAAUAAAAAUAUGUCCGAAAACUUUUUGAUGCGCAAACAACUCACUCAAAAUAGUCGUAAGAGAAAGGAUAAAAGAGUCCAACAGGACACAAUUUCCUCGAAUUUCAGUGAAUAUAAACCUGGCGAAAAGGGAAAAAAAUCCAAACAAACCAGACGUGUUGUUCAGUCGGACGAUAAUACACCAACAUUAAACAAUAAGGAUACUCCAGUUACAGAACCAGGGCCAAAGAAUUUUUGCGAGACUUCUGUUAGAAGACAGUUAGAAUUUGACCAAUCAACAUUAAAAGAGUCGUCCUUGGAUGAUACCAACAGCAUCCUGAAGCGCACUUGCGAAGACAACCUGGACAGUGUAAAUAAUACAACCGUUUUGAUGGAUUCUAAAAGACAAAAGUUAGAAAUGAAUGGUAAUAAAAACGAGUUGAGCGUCACUAAAGAGAGUUUAAAGGCGCAGUUUCCACCAGGACAGUUGAUUUGGGGAAAGUUGAAGGGUUUUGAUUGGUGGCCUGGCAUGGUUGUUGAACUGAAAAAUCUGACACAAACCGAUAAUCAAAUUAAUGAUGUCUGGGUUAAAUGGUAUGGAGACAAUAAAUUUUCAAAGCUUCUCAAGAAUGAAAUUGUAUUAUUUCGUCACUUUCGAUCGAAAUUUUCACCUUCAAAAUGGAAAGGAGUUUACAAGAAAGCAGUUGUGUCAGCAUUAGAGGUUGCAGCCUCACGAAGUAACAAUUUGUUAAAAUCAGAAGACAGUAAUAACCCUAACAAGGAUGACCGAGCGAAAUUACUAUUGGACUGGGGACUAGAUGAUUUUAAACCUUGCGGACCUGAAGUGUUUGAAAAGGCUGUGCAAAAUAUGCAAGAGUUGUCAGUCUAUCCCAACAUGGUGGAUCUUGAGGGGGCCUGGAACCGACGCGAAGGAAAGGACAGAUUCGGCCAACCAAUUAGAACCCCUGCUUUGGCAGAAGAUGUAAAAUCCGUUUUUGACCAAGCUGUGUCAGGCAUAAUUAGUAUUGAAGAUAUUUGUCUUGGUUGUGGAGAUAUACAAAUCAGUGUUCGUCAUCCAUUAUUUCAUGGCUCACUUUGUGAGGAGUGCAAGGAAACCUUUCUAGAGUGUGUUUACUUAUUUGACGAAGACGGAUAUCAGAUGUAUUGUACAAUAUGUGGAGAUGGUAAAGAGGUGUUCAUGUGUGAAUCUACGGGAUGUUUCCGGUCAUAUUGUGCUGUUUGUUUGGAAUUGAUGUGCGGAGCUGGUACCGUAGAUAAGAUUUCGUCGUCAGAGAAGUGGUGUUGUAUCAUGUGUUUAGAUAACAAAAUAGGACUUCUUCAGAAGAGAGAGGAUUGGCAAGAACAACUGAGAGAACUUUUUGCAUCGGAUAAAGAACAAGAAUAUUCCAUUCCAAGAAUCUGUGCUCCGAUUCCACCCGAAAAACGUCAAAAACUUCGUGUUUUAUCAUUGUUUGAUGGUAUUGCAACAGGUUUGCUAGCGCUGAAGGAAUUGGGACUAGAUGUUCACGUGUAUUUUGCUGCCGAGAUUGACGAGAAUGCAACACGAGUUGUGAAAGUUCAACAUGGUGAAGAUGAUAUUGUAAAGUUUAUUGGUGAUGUUGAGCUAAUCACUGCAGAUCAGAUCGAAAUGUGGGGCCCAUUUGAUUUAGUCAUAGGAGCAAGUCCAUGUAAUGAUCUAUCUAUUGCAAACCCAGCCCGUCAAGGAAUUUUUGAAGGAAGUGGUCGCUUGUUUUUUGAAUUCUUUCGUCUGUUGAUGUAUGCAAAGCCCCAUCCUGGUGACUCUAGACCUUUCUUCUGGUUGUUUGAAAAUGUUGUGAGCAUGCGCGCUGUCGACAAAAGAACUAUUUCAAGAUUUCUUCAGUGUAACCCUGUGGUCGUUGAUGCAAAAGACAUCUCACCAGCCCGUAGAGCCCGAUAUUUCUGGGGAAAUCUUCCCGGAAUGAACAGACCAACCAUUCCUGUGGCUGGUGAUAAACUAUCAUUACAGUCUUGUUUGGAGCCACAUUGUGGACGCAAAGCUCGUUUUACGAAAAUCCAGACAGUGACAACAAAAGCGAACUCCAUCAAACAAACUAAAGAAGGUAUUUUACCUGUGGAAGUAUUCGAUAGUGACGUCACUGAGGAUUUAUUAUGGUGUACUGAAAUGGAAAGAUUGUUUGGUUUCCCUGCUCAUUAUACAGAUGUUGGUAAUAUGGGAAAGAAUCAGCGACAGAAACUUUUAGGAAAAUCGUGGAGUGUUCCAGUGAUAAGACAUCUUUUAGCUCCGCUAAGAGAGUACUUUAGUUCCAAGUCAAGCACGGAGAAUUCAAGUAAAAAGUAAUUUUUUCGGAAUUAAAAGUACCACUGAACGCUACCUUGGUAAGGCUAGCCUGCAUGGCAGGCUGUUCCUAAAUUCGGGCAAGGCCUGCUUUCCACUUUCACGCUUUCUCAUACGCACGUACCCGCAUAGCCUGCUCGAAGCCUCAAUUAGGGGGCCAAAAAGUAAUUAGGGGGUAGUCGGUCUGUGUCUAAAUUCUUAUAUAUGUCAUCUUUGAAAAAUCUGG